AGGAGAUAUAGCUAGGGAUGGGACAUCACUGCUGCAGCAAACAGAAAGUGAAAAGAGGUUUAUGGUCUCCAGAAGAAGAUGAAAAACUCAUGAGACAUAUCUCCACACAAGGCCAUGGCUGUUGGAGUUCUGUUCCUAGACUAGCAGGGUUACAAAGGUGUGGGAAAAGUUGUAGAUUGAGAUGGAUAAAUUACUUGAGGCCAGAUUUAAGAAGAGGUUCAUUUAGUGAACAAGAAGAAAGAACAAUCAUUGAUAUUCAUAGAAUAUUGGGAAAUAGAUGGGCACAAAUAGCGAAACAUUUACCAGGUAGGACAGAUAAUGAAGUGAAGAAUUUUUGGAAUUCUUGCAUUAAGAAAAAACUCAUUGCUCAAGGAUUAGAUCCAAAUACUCACAAUCUCCUCAAGAACAAAUCCAACAAUUCAACCAAAAAAUCCAAUAAUUACACUCAUCACAUUCAAGAUUCCACCUCAAUUUUCACUAUUGAUCAUACUUCAACAAAUAAAGGGAUAACUUCAAUGGAUUUGAAAUCAACUUUUUCCCCUUAUUGUGAUAAUAUUACAUACAAUCACACUCCUAUUGUUCCUAAUAUUGAAUACCAAAACCCAACAUUCGCGUGGAGUGAGCAGAUAAAUCAUAAUAAUACAGUAAUUACUACGCUUCAGUCUCAAACAAGUGAUCAGAGAACUCGAGAUUCCUUGUUGGAUUUCACGAGUUGUUGUUUAAUGGAAAACGCGGCGAAUAUUAAUGUGUCAUCUUAUAUAAACGAGAACAGCAUGUGGAAUGGAACUGGACUUGAACCAACUACCUUAAAUCCUAUCAAUGGACAAGAAGAACAAGAAAUGCAAGUAGUACAAUUACAAGGUGAUCAAGAAUUUCCAAUUAUUAAGACUAAGUUUUGUGAUGAUCAAGAGGAUGUGUAUAAGGUGGUUCAUGAUCAUGAUCAAACGGUGGAAAAAACGUUCAACGACAGCUCUAACUUCGAUUUUGAGUUUAUGGAUUCUGGAUUAUACACUAAUGUUAAUUCUUCUAUGGAUCAACUUUCAUGGGAUUGUUAA